ACUUCGGCAUUUGUAAUCUUAGUCGAUGCUGAGGUUGAUUCUAUGGGAGGAGUUGGUAUUGGUAGCAAAACUUCUCCACUGCGAGCUGAGAUUGAGAAGGUUCAUUCAGAGCUUAGGCAGGAGUAUAAUGUUCGAGAUGAAAAGAGAAGAGAGCUGGAAUAUCUUGAGAAAGGUGGAAAUCCUUUGGAUUUUAUGCUUGGGAAUGUUGCUUCAGUCAGUGUCCAGUCAACUUCAUUGAAAAAUCACAACCCCGAUCGGUUUGUCACUAGCGAAGCAAAAGGCAGUUUUGCAUAUCUAGCAUCACUUCAUGGAGACUCUGUGGAAAGUAGUGGUAGGCCUGGGGCAGCUCCUCCGGAGGCCAAUAGUGCCGAUAAUAUCAUGUUAUUUGAUGGUAAAAAUGAAUUUUCCGAAGGUGAUCAGAACUCUUCACUCCCUAGCAUUGGUAACAUUGCACCAUUAGAGAAGUCAUCUCACAUAGGUGGGAGUCAAAAUGUCAAAGAAUUUGGGGAUUCUGAUGCUUUUAGUCUCCCUAGGAAAGCAUAUAAGAGAAGGCACAGGUCCCGGCCGAAUAAUGAUCGAAUCAAGUCAAGUACAGCAGGUGUAGUUCUAACUCGUGGUGGUCACAUCUCUUCUUUACCUCUCCAAGGCUCCACGGAUGUAAAAGAACUGGUUUCUGAUGCAGAAAACUAUAACGGCCAAAAUGGAUCAUCUAAUUAUAACUCAAAGCCUACAAGUCCAAUGGAGAACACCCUUCAUAUGACUGUACCCUCAGUCAGCCAGCGUGAUAUGGAGUUGGAUUGUGUAAGGGUUGUAAAAUCAACUAAGAACCCAAUUAAAGAUGGUUCACCAAAUGGUGUAUCAGAUACUAAUACUUCCAAAAACCCUCUGGCCAAUCAACACAACCAACAAUCAGUUUCUGAAGCUGAAAAAUCUCCAGUUCAAAUUACCUCUGAUGGAGCUGAGCCAUUCCAGUCAAGGGAAGAGGUGAUAUCUGCUGUCGUUGAGUGCCAGCCAAGUGUUAUUCCUACCAAAGUUGAGAAUCAAUCUAGUUCUUGUCAUAUGAACGGUCUCAGUAGUGGAAACGAUGAUCAGAUAAAAAACUAUGCUCAAAAUGCUCAAAAUAGCAGCACAGAGCGGGGCACAAAGGGUUUGGAUUCUGAGUCAUCUUGCACUCAAACCAUUUUAGGUAUAGAUGGAAACAAUGAAAGCCACAUGUGUGCUAACAUCAGAAAUGUUGACUCAAAUGGGAGCAUCAACAAUCAAGUGUCAUUGCUUGAUGGGAUUCCAGUUGCAGCAAGGGAUGAAUUUGUCAGAGAAAAGAAAGAGACGAAUGCUAAUGACAAUAGUACUUUUGUUGAUGUCCGGAGCAAUUCUGCUUAUCAAAGCCACCAAGAGAAUGGCAUUGUGCUCAAUGUUCGGAAAGAAUUAAAUGGAAGUGGACCUGCUUUGCAAAAUGAGUUGAAAGCUCAAGUUAUCCUUGAAGGAAUAGAAGCUGGUGGCCCCACUGUAUCAGAAUCAGAGAGGAAAAGUGCCAUCCUUUCACGUGACAAUCCUGACCCUGCAAGCAUUAGUCAUCAGGAUUCUAUUGAUACCUCAAUUUUGAAAUUUCCCAAGGCAUCAAUGGCUAGGGUUUCUACUGAUGUUGCAUCUGAGGCACAAAUUUCCUCAGUGCCCAACUUGCUAUUUGCAAGCAAAGUUGAUGAAGACUCAAUCUUGGAAGAGGCAGGAAUCAUGGAGGCAAAACGAAAGAGAUUGAUGGAGUUAUCCAUGGCUACCUCUCCAUUGGAGAUUCGUCGGAAAUCUCAUUGGGAUUAUGUACUUGAGGAAAUGGCAUGGUUAGCCAAUGAUUUUGUACAGGAGCGCCGUUGGAAGAUAACUGCUGCUGCUCAAACAUGCCGUAGAGCUGUUUUUACUUCUCAGUUGACAAAACAAGAAAAAGCUUCCGACAUGAAGGUAAAGAAAGUAGCUUAUAACUUGGCCAAAGCUGUCAUGGAGUUCUGGCAUUCUGUACAGGAGAAACGUGAAGAUCUGGAGCUGCAAUCUCCAAAGGAGGGUGCACUUGCUGUCAAGGUUUAUGCAAUGAAUUUUCUGAAAUAUAACAACUCCAGUGCUCUUCCUUGCCAUGCUGAAGCGCCAUCAACUCCAGAUAGGAUAUCUGAUUUGGGAAUCCUGGACAUGUCACGGGAGGCUCAUUUGACAGAAGUAUGCGACUCAUGGAUUUGGAUGCUCCUUUUUUAUCAUAGGGAUGGAAGAUAUGGGGUUCCUAGUUCUACAUCUUUAUCAAUUGAUGAACAGCAGAGGAUGCAACAGUAUAAUCAAAUUAUAUCUGGCAGAAAUAUUCAACAACACACCAUGUCUGCUCCUGGAGCUUUUCCAGGAGCUGAUCGCGGUGCUCGUAUGUUUACUGGUAGCAGUGGCACGGGCAUGGUGUCUGGUGUUAAUAGAAGCAUGUCAAUGGCAAGACCUGGAUUCCAAGGACUCGUGUCAUCAUCCAUGGUAAAUUCUGGUAGUAUGGUUUCUCCGGGUGCAUUGUCAGUAAAUAUGCAGUCUGGAUUAGGCUCUGGUCAAGGGAACACAGUUUUUAGACCUCGUGAUAAUUUGAACAUGAUGCGGCCUGGGAUGAUUCAGGACUUGCAGAGACAAAUGAUCGUGUCUGACCUUCAGAUGCAGGCCUCACCAGGUAGCAGCCAAGGAGUCUCAUCUUUUGGUGGUAAAAACUCUCCUUUACCCAACCAGACUGCUUCCCAACCUGUUUCAUCCUUCCCUGUCCAUCAUCAGCUGUCACACCCAGUAUCCCCCCAAAAGCCCCAAGUUCUUAGCUCUCAUCACUCACAUCUUCAAGGAGGUUCCAAUCAUCCUCCUAAUCCCCAGCAGCAAGCCCCUGCAAUGCGCCUAGCAAAAGAGAGACAAGUUCAACAUCGUUUUCUCCAGCAACAACAGCAAUUCACUGCCUCUAAUUCCUUGAUGCAACAUGUACCACAACAGCCUCAACUUCCUAUUUCAUCGCCUUUACAAAAUAAUUCUCAAGUUCAGUCACAAACAAGCUCUCCAUUGGCAUCACAUUCUCCAUCAACAUCUGCUUCUAUGAAUUCAAUGCUACAGCAGCAGCAGAAACAUCAAAUUGUUAGCAGUGCCAAUCAUAUAGGCAAGCAACGGCAGCGGCAGCAGGUCUUGCAUGGUAACAGGCCACAUCCUCUGCAGCGACAGCAGACACAGGGUCAACAGCAGGUUAAACUUUCAAAGGGAGUUGGAAGAGGAAACUUGAUGCAUCAGAACAUCCAGGUUGACCCGUCCCUUUUGGAUGGCAUGUCGAAUACAGGGAACCAGUCUUCGGAGAAAGGAGAGCAGACCACACAUUUAAUGCAGGGCCAGAGUUCAUAUCCUGGGCCACAACUAAAUGCUGUGCAACCGAUGAGGCAAUAUGUGCCUUCGCAAUCAUCUAAUCAAUCCCUGCCUCAGCAAAAGACCUAUUCUGGCUCAGUAUUUUCAUCUGCAAAAUACCCACCUCAAAAGCCUUCUCAUUCUGAUACUAGCGGUGAAGGUCAGGUUCCAUUAGUUGUUGCUGCUUCUACUUCAUCUGCUGGCCAUCAAUCUGUUCCAACUGCAACCGUGGCUUCCUCCAAUCACCAACAGGCACUGCCUCACCAAAAGUUUGUGAAUCAAAAUCCAGAGUCUCUUCAGAGAGGAUUUCAACAAAAUUCAAAACCUAAUUCUGACCCUCCAAACAAGCGGCUAGCCAGAGAUUGUCAUACUGAACAGCAUGCAAUAAGCAGUUCUGAGAUGUGUCCCAUGACAACAUUGCCCCAGGUCUGUAACAUUUCAACUAUUGUAGGACAGGUCAUUUCUCCUCCUAGUGCGCAGCAGAAUGGUACAGAACCAUCAUUUGAUUCUGAUACAUCGAAUUCACCAACAAAUUUGGGUUCCUUGGUUCCUCCACCAGUGAGUUCUAGUGAGUCCAUGACUACAAACAGCCAAGGGCCUGAUCAACGGCUGUUGUCAACCAGCUUACCCAAAAUUAAACACGAUUUUAGUGCACAGCGGCAGCAUCAACCGUCAAAACUGCAACCACUUCCUUCACCAGUAACCCAGCCUCAGCAGCAGCAGCAGCAGCAAUAGCCACUGCUGUAGUUUGAAUGGUAGUCCUAGUGACCCUGGACUGGAAUGAAGGAUGCCUAACGAAUGUGUCGCAGGGGUGAUUGGUCCUGCCUGGGGUAGGUCAACAUACUCUUGAGACAGCAGUGUACAGCUUAUGGUUCUAUCCGGGCAUGGAAAGAUGACAAGUUGGUGAAAGUUUAGAAUGUCUCUGCAAUUCGGCAAGGAAGACUUUGGGGUAUUUUGUACAUUACUGUUGCUCUAGGGCUUGGUGAAGAUAAGAGACGUCUGAUAGAGGUAGGUGUACAUAGUCUCGUCUCUCCAUUUUUAUGGCUACUUUCGCUCCAACGCUUAUUUAUUUUCCUGCUCCGUGAAGGAGGGGCUCUAUUUGUUUUUGCUCCCAUAGAUCCGCCUUGUAUUAUUUCCCUUGUCUUAAAAGGGAGUUGUUUCAUUGUUUUGGCCAAAGGCUGUAGGAAUUUUGUGAAUAUUAGUCGUAUGCUUCCACGUCUCGAGCCUAUGCAAUUUUUGUAUACAUUUGUUUAUAGGAGGGAGUGAUGUAUUUCACUGGACCAGUUUGAUUUUAUUUUGGGAGAAAUACUAUGCAAUGCUAUUGUAUCCAUUUGAAA